AAUUGCUUCGGAGUAGAAGCGGGGUGGAAAGGAGAAACCUGGCUCCUGACUAUGGAGACGAGUUUCCCUGCUCGGUAUUCACGCGGAUAGGACUCACUGGACUAGUCUUCUGCAACAACUCACAACAUUCUGUUAUACUUACUUGUUCCAAUGGAGUUCUGCACCGUAAACGAUCAACUACUAUAACAUUCCUCCGCAAGGAGGAAUGCCAGCUCCUGAGCAGAGCCCAGUGAUGGAGGAGGGGCUUCUGCUGCCAAUCAGAGACCGAGCGGCCAAUCACGGAAUGGAGCCCGACAGCACCGCCACCAACAUCCUGGCCUCUGUGAAAGAGCAGGAGCUCCAGUUUGAGCGGCUGACCAGAGAGCUGGAGGUGGAGCGGCAGAUUGUGGCCAAUCAGCUGGAACGAUGCAGACUGGGGGCCGAGUCACCGGGCGCUGCUAGCGGCAGCUCGUCUGAGAAGUCUCUGCCCUGGCGAUCAGCAGAUGCGUCCACCUCUGGUGACGGCAAGUCGCGCUUGACGGACAGCUCGCAGUCGCCCUCCUUCCGGCUCCGCAGCGAAGGGGAGCAGCUGUCGCUCUACUCCCCAGAGCAGACCUCUCUCCAUGAAAGGUCCACAGGGAACUCGCGCAGCUCCACACAGAUGAACUCCUACUCGGACAGCGGCUACCAGGAUGCCAGCAGCUACUACAGCAGCCAGAACCUGGGCAAGUCGGAGCUGAGACUGCAGCACUCGUACCCGGGCACCGCCGGCAGCUCCACCCUCAUGAGGAAUGCCCGCGCCGAGGGUCAGACCUCCGUGCAGACGCAGGGUGCGGCGGCAGCUCCGGGCCGUGCCAUGCGGCGGGUCAGUUCGGUGCCGUCCCGUACGCAGUCCCCGGCCUACGCCAGCGGCGCCAGCAGCAGCGGCGUCUCGCCCUCCCGCGGCUCCCUGCGGGCCUCCAUGGGCGCGGGCACCGGCACGGGCAGCGCCACAGGAGGAGGACCAGGAGGAGGGGGCGGCAGCUCGUACGGCUCGCCCAUCGUGACGGAGCCGCGGCCGCUGCCCAGCAUCUUCUCCAGCACCACGCUGCCCGGUGCCGGCCGCGCCGCGUCCCCGUACUCCGCCCAGCGCACCAGCUCGCCGGCCGCCCUGCGCCGCGUGGGCUCCACCAACUCCCGCUCGGGCAGCCGCACCACCUCGCCGUACCAGGCGCUGGGGGCCGAGGGCCAGCCGGGGGUGGGGGUGGGGGUGGGGGUGGGCGGCGUUGGCGCGGUGGCGGGC